CGGCGCGCGCACCUCUGGCCUCUGCGGCGGCGCGGCGAAGAUGGCGGCCUCCGGCUGGGUGCGCGCGGCCCUGGUCCUCCUCUGCGCCUCCGACUUGCUGCUGCCGCCCAGGGCUUCCGCUGCCGAGGGCGCAGCCGGGACGCCCGGCGAGGCCAGCCAGCCUCCGCGGAAGAAGAAGAAGGACAUUCGCGACUACAACGAUGCGGACAUGGCGCGUCUUCUGGAACAGUGGGAGAAGGACGACGACAUAGAAGAAGGCGAUCUCCCGGAGCACAAAAGACCCUCGGCACCUAUCGACUUCUCACAGAUAGACCCCAGCAGGCCCGAGAGCAUCCUGAAGAUGACCAAGAAGGGGAAGACACUCAUGGUGUUCGUCACAGUGUCCGGAAACCCCACGGAGAAGGAGACAGAGGAGAUCACUAGCCUCUGGCAGGGCAGUCUUUUCAAUGCCAACUACGACGUUCAGAGGUUCAUCGUGGGAUCGGACCGUGCAAUCUUCAUGCUUCGUGAUGGGAGCUAUGCCUGGGAGAUCAAGGACUUUCUGGUCAGCCAAGACAGGUGUGCCGAUGUAACCCUGGAGGGGCAGGUGUACCCCGGCAGAGGAGGGGGAAGCAAAGAGAAGAAUAAAACAAAGCAAGAGAAGGGCAAGAAGAAGCAGGAGGGGGACCCGAAGUCUCGGGCUGCCAAGGCUACAAAGGAAGACAAUCGAGCUGGGAGUAAGAGGGAGGAGCUGUGAGUGGCCAUCACAGCCCCUUCGGAGGACCCCCCGGGCCGGACAGCUCCCCAGGUGGGGGCAGGCGUGGGCACCGCUCGCCGAGGACAUCCUGCUUUCUUCUGGAGAGGCUCUCCUGUAGGAUCAGUUUGUGGCCCACGUGGAAGUACUGUCCCAGAGGCUUCAAGUAGGAGGACAGAGGUCUUGUGAUUCACAUUGGACAGUGACCCAUUCACGUUUACUAUAAAAUCACUGUAAGUGGAAACCCGACUGUUGCUUUUGCCUUCUGUCUGGGGGCGUCACGGACUCCCGUGGCCCCGCUCCCCUCGCCGCGCCAGCCCUGACCCAGGGGCUCGUGUCCGUGCUUCCUUCCUUUGUGUUAACUGAAGGACCGCCGCGUUCUGGUCAGACAGAAAUGGACUUGGCGGGACCGGGCUCUUGGGGCUGCACUCGUGGUUUUUGGGACCGUGACAUUAAGUGCUCUGUGGGAGCCCUGCGUGGCGCUCUGGGGUCUGAAUGUGCGUUCAGGACGCCGGGAUGUCUGACCCUCACAUCGGCGCAGAGAACAUUGUGUAGCUUGGGGCUCCUGAGCCUUUACUUUGAAUCCGCACGGGGUUCCUGGUGCCGUCUGGGCUUACACGGUCUGCACGGGUCAGGAGUUGUCUGUCCUGUCCUCGUGCGGGCGGCCAUGCCGGAGUCGAGUGUGCCACGUCAUGUGACGAUGCUGAAGGGUGGGGAUCGGGAGUCAGCACGUGGGACAGAAGACUCAGUGACCUCAUUCAUUCCUGAACAUUUUUCUUUGACGAAGUGCCUAAAUUUGGGGUGUUCUGUAUGGUACUAACAUGACACUGUCUGUCGGGUAGUGUUCAUUCGUCAGGCCUACUUUGCUAAGACUGACAGAAUUUAUAUGCAGGUGUCAUUUUUAAGAACUAAAAUUAUUUGUACAAAACUUCCAUUGUGAUUUUAACAAAUUAAAAAUAGCACAUGUACGUGGUUCCAAAUGUUACAGCCGAAGAAAGGUACAAAGUGACAAGUCUGUGCCUACCCCUGCCUCCUCCGAGGGGAAGCUCCUGUUCAUUUGUUUCCAAGAAAAAAAAAGUUCACUGAGCAUCUUCUAGUGACAUGUUUC